AGAAGUAGAAGACUUUUUCAUUUUCCUCUCUUCCCUGUUGUCACCACACACGCCAUGGAAGCUGUUCUUGCUGCAUGUGCUGUUCCAUCUUCCCGAAUCCUCAAUUCUAAACCUCGAUUCAGAUGUUCCUUCUCCAAUCCAAGACUACCCAUUUCUCCUAAUUCACUCAUCAUCGGCGGCAAAUCAAGUCGAUUUACAACCGCAGUAUCAGCACCAACAUCAUCCACCGCUACACCAACGAAUUCGCCGCCGGAAUCUGAGACGGGAUUCGUGUCCGGGUCUGAUAAGUUCGACUGGUAUGCUAAUUGGUACCCGGUGAUGCCAGUUUGCGAUCUUGACAAGAAGGUUCCUCAUGGGAAGAAAGUUAUGGGGAUUGAUUUGGUGGUUUGGUGGGAUAGAAACGAGAAGCAAUGGAAAGUAAUGGAUGACGCGUGUCCCCAUCGUCUUGCUCCUUUGUCUGAUGGAAGGAUUGAUCAAUGGGGGAGGUUGCAGUGUGUCUACCAUGGAUGGUGCUUUAACGGAUCCGGCGACUGUAAACUCAUUCCUCAAGCUCCUCCUGAUGGACCUCCGGUCCACACUUUCAAGCAAGCUUGUGUAGCUGUUUAUCCGAGUAUUGUGCAGCAUGACAUCAUUUGGUUUUGGCCAAACAGUGAUCCAAAGUAUAAGAACAUUAUCGAAACCAACAAGCCUCCUUACAUUCCAGAGUUAGAAGAUCCAUCAUUCACUAAGUUGAUGGCGAAUCGCGAUAUUCCUUACGGGUACGAUGUGUUGGUGGAAAACCUCAUGGAUCCAGCUCAUGUUCCUUAUGCUCAUUAUGGACUAAUGCGGUUUCCGAAACCAAAAGAGAAGAUUGACAGAGAAGGGGGAAAACCACUCGAAAUUAACGUUAGAAAACAAGACAGCAAAGGGUUCUUCUCAAAACAAGAAUGGGGCUAUUCUAAUUUUAUUGCACCUUGUGUGUAUCGCUCUUCCACAGACCCUCUACCAGAGCAGGAAAAUGAGUUUCCUGCACCAGCUGCAUCUGACAAGGCGGCAUCAUCAAAGCGAAAAUUGUCUUUGAUCUUCAUAUGUAUUCCGGUCAGUCCAGGUCGCAGUAGGCUGAUAUGGACGUUCCCGAGGAAUUUUGGUGUAUUUAUUGAUAAGAUUGUUCCUAGAUGGGUGUUCCACAUUGGUCAAAACACUAUUCUAGACUCAGAUUUGCACCUCCUUCAUGUUGAAGAGCGGAAGAUACUGGAGAGGGGCCCUAAAAACUGGCAAAAAGCUUGCUUUAUCCCAACAAAAUCAGACGCUAAUGUCGUUACAUUCAGGAGAUGGUUUAACAAGUAUAGCGGGGCUCAAGUUGAUUGGAGAGGAAAGUUUGAUCCAUCUCUUCUUCCUCCUACGCCUCCUCGAGAACAGCUUUUUGACAGGUAUUGGUCACAUGUUGAGAACUGCAGCAGCUGCAAGAAAGCUCACAAAUAUCUCAAUGCGCUAGAGGUGAUCUUACAAAUCGCAUCAGUUGCUAUGAUCGGAGUUAUGGCCGUGAUGAACCAGACCACAUUGUCAAAGGUAGCAAGAAUUGCAGUGCUUGUGGCGGCUGUUUUGAGUUUUGCUGCUUCCAAGUGGCUAUCACACUUCAUCUACAAGACAUUCCAUUACCAUGACUACAACCAUGCUCUUGUUUGAAAUGUAUAUUAUUGCACGUAUACACUAUGAAUAUAUAUUCACUCCACAUGGUGUACAUAAUAUUUAUAUAAAAGAAACUAAUUUGUGAAUC